UGUGUGUGUGUGUGUGUGUGUUGGUGCAUACUCGUCGCGAGUCAGAGUCGUGAGUGGAGCGAGUCGGGUGGAAACGUGCGGCUUCCACCGGUAGCGCGAGGAAUGCGUGAAACUGAUGAGGUGGAGAGGGGAGAAAUGGGCACUUCUUGACUGGCCAAAGAGGUCGCUUGCUGCACGCAUCCUAAAGGCAAAAUUAAAUGCAACGAACGCCGCGCUCAUGAAUCAUCUAUCUCAUCAAAGUUGACGCUGAUCACACAUCGUUUUCUCCACCCACAUCCAAGCAUCGCUCCUCUGCAACACACACAUCCUUCACACGAGUCAAGUGGCAACUCAAGACGACAUGCUUGCACGCAUCGCUCCUGCUGUCACUCGCGCAUCUGCGUCAAGGUUCGCACCUGCGGCUGUACGUCACUACUCGGCUCCUACGCAAUCCGAGCAAGCGGCCAAAGCGCAGCACAACAAGGAUGACCCCGAAACUCUGGCAGCCAAGACCGCAAAGGAUUCUCAAGCCCACAAUCGCCCGGACAAGCUGAUUGAUCACCCCAACGAUGCGCCCACUCAGAGCGAGGAGAGCGCCCACGCUCACAAAGACUCUAGAAGCCCCGAUCAGCUCGCUCAAGAGACCUCCAAGCGCGCUCAGGGCAGCCACUAGAUAGCUUGAGGCCCGUUUCAGUUAAUCAGUCGACCCAAUACACAAAGCCAGCACAGGAAGGAAGUCGUAGGGCAGGAUCACUCAAUCUCAAUACAUGUCAUUCCAGCCUUGCGGCCUGUUGUGAAGCGAGCAUUCUCUUUCGCGAGACGACAUCGAGCAGAGUCCUCAGCCGCGGGGAAAGAGCAUCGAGC